UGGUGACGUAGGACAAUGCCUGCCACGCGUCGGAACUAGGCCGCGGGGGGCAACCCGGGGGAACGAGUGACUAUAGCUAGGGGACGCGGGGGUCUUCUGGCCACUGUUCCGAACCAUGCGUUACUUACUCAGAUUAACCCUUUUCUUUUGUCUGUGGAGCUUUUACGCUGCUCAGGGACAAAAGGAGGAGGAGAACCCAGAGGAUGUGAAAAUCGAAGUUUUGCAUCGUCCAGAAAACUGUUCUAAGACAAGCAAGAAAGGAGAUCUGCUAAAUGCCCAUUACGACGGCUACUUGGCUAAAGACGGCUCAAAAUUCUACUGCAGCCGGACACAAAAUGAAGGCCACCCAAAAUGGUUUGUCCUUGGUGUCGGGCAAGUCAUAAAAGGCCUAGACAUUGCUAUGAUGGACAUGUGCCCAGGGGAGAGGCGGAAAGUGAUUAUACCUCCAUCUUUUGCAUAUGGAAAGGAAGGCUAUGAAGGCAAGAUUCCACCUGAUGCAACAUUGAUUUUUGAGAUCGAGCUUUAUGCUGUGACCAAAGGGCCACGGAGCAUUGAAACAUUUAAACAGGUGGACACAGACAAGGACAAACAACUUUCCAAAACUGAGAUAAGUGAUUACUUGAAAAGAGAAUUUGAAAAAGAUGGGAAACCACAUGACGAGUCGUAUCAGAAUGCAGUUUUAGAAGACAUUUUUAAGAAGAAUGACCACAAUGGUGAUGGCUUCAUUUCUCCCAAGGAAUACAACAUAUACCAACAUGAUGAACUAUAGCAGAGUUUUAUUCCUACAGUUAAAAAGUCCCUAUUUUAUAUAUAUAACACUUUUUUCAAAGUUGUCUUUUCUGUUUGUCACCAUGAGAAGAUAUUUUGAUCUCCUUAAUACAUAUUAAUUUUGGAGUAAUAAAUGUGAGACUGUUUUGCAAGUAUUAACUUUCAGAAAAGGGAUAACUGUGUUGCCUACUGCUUCAUUCUGUGAACACACAUUGCAGCACCAUGAAAUAUUCACAGACCUCUGUGUACUAGUGGACGAUUUUCCCCAUUCAGGUUUUAGAAGAACACAAAUAUCAAAAUCUGUAAGAUCUUCCCAACUCUAAUCUUAACAACCUGUGUAAAUAAUCCAAAUUCAAUAUAUUAAGGGUUAUAAUGCCCAUGUUUUUAAAAAUAUUCAGCAUGGACCCAGAAAUUAACAUUUCACAGAGGAUAGGCAUUUGGUGCAGCAGUUAAGACAUCACUGAAGACACGUGCAUCCCAUAUCAGAGCCUAGACUGGAGUCCUGACUCUGCUCACAGGUCCAGCUCGCUCUGAAGUCCUCGCCACCCACAUGGGAGACCUGCACUGAGUUUA